CGUGCGCGCAAUGCGCAGGUGUGUGACCCGUGAGUGCGCGUGCGCGUCGUGGCCGGGGCUCUUGAGUAGCACGCGAGUGUGUCCCGUUUAUCGGCUGUCAUGUCCAAACUGGAGCAGAUUCUGAUUCUCGACCCGUCGAGCGACCUCAGUUUCAGAGGACCCUUCACAGAUGUGGUGACCACCAACCUGAAGUUGAAGAACCCGUCUGACAGAAGAGUAUGUUUCAAAGUCAAGACCACCGCUCCUCGCCGUUACUGCGUGCGGCCCAACAGCGGCGUCAUCGAUCCCGGCACUACGGUCACCAUCUCGGUAAUGCUGCAGCCGUUUGAUUACGACCCAAACGAGAAGAGCAAACACAAGUUCAUGGUGCAGGCGAUUUUCGUGCCGUCGAGCGUCACAGACCUGGAAGCGGUGUGGAAAGAUGCCAAACCAGACGACCUGAUGGACUCCAAACUGCGCUGUGUGUUUGAUAUGCCUUCAGACAACGAUACAAUGAAUGAGCUGGAAUCAACCAAAGCAGCAACGGUUCUGAACGCGUCAAAGGCCGACGGCACAUCAGGAGCAAAGGCCGGCAGUCUGUCGAUGGACGACACGGAGAUGAGGAAACUCAUGGAGGAGUGCAAGAGACUGCAGACAGAAGUGGGCAAACUGUACGAUGAAAACCGCCAACUCAAGCGUGUUGUUCUUCAUCAGGAUGAAGGGUUGAGGAUGAGGAAGGCCAAUCAGUUCGACAGCUCCGUCUCAAAGUCUUCAGCGAUGAUGAGCAAAGAGCCCGCCUCCAAAUCCCUCCCGUCGCUGCUGGUCAUCCUCGCCGCCAUCUUCAUCGGGUUCUUCCUUGGGAAGUUUGUCUUGUAGAGGUCCGCCAUCCGUGUUUCCCAGACCUGAAGAGCAAAGCGUGCGUUCUUGUCAAUAACCGUUGCGUGAGCGCUAACGUGCGCUAAAGCAGCGGAAAUAAAUGUGUCUGUGUACGGGAUCAUUCAAACGGGCCUUUCUCACACGGUCACUACACACACAUACACACACUCAGAAACGCGAGUCGUUCGGUUCUCCCUCUUUUUCGCUUUCUGUGGUUCUGGGUGGGUUUUCUGGGGUCGGGAAGAACAAAUUGUCCAUUUGUCGAACAUCACUAGCGGCUCAGUGAAAGCACUGUGUGUAGAGACCUUCAUGGUAAUUGAAACACAAGAAUAAAUAAUCUAUGAAUUAAUAAAAGGACGUGUUUUCUCUCUCUCUCUGUGGUUUAUUAAGAGUUUAAUGGAAUGUUUUAAGUGUACAUGUUGUUUUGAUUCUUUUGAGAACAAAUGGGAAAUGCUGAUUCAUAAUAAACUAACAAACCAACCAAUAGUCUUUGUUGCUGAUCCACAUUUAUGUUCUUGAAUGUGACGAUGUUAGCGGGGAAACUGUGCCUCCUGUAUCCAUGUCUCUCCUCCUAAACCCACUGACACAAACACCAGUUCAUCGUUUUCUUUAUGCAAAUUAUAUAUUGAAUUGUGAGGCAACUUGACUGAAUAAAAUCACCAUUUACAGUCCUGUCCCGUGGUAUUUAAUAUUGCUGAAUAAAGUCUUUAA